UUAAGUGCGUUCUUCUGUGACUAAGUUCAAAUGUAUCAGUUUGACUUUCGAGAAAAUUGCUUAUCCAGUUUACAUUUCGUUCAAAUGAUGAUUUGCAUGUACCAAUCUCCCUCUUCAGUGCGUCCAUAAUUAAAAUAUAUAAAAUUUAAAAAAUUAAAAUAUUGAUUGUCCAGUGACAAUCUGUAAAUAUUGUGAUUUUAACGGUACACAAAGAGAGAUCGUGGUUGAAAAUAGAGUGAGUAUGUAGUGUAAAAAGAAAUAAAAAUUAUGCAAAAUAUUUAAAAAAGAGAUGAGCAGAUAUAUAUGAAAAAUAAAGAGUAAACAAAUAAAUUGUCCUUUAAAAACACAUGCGUACACAAACUUAUUGAGUUAAUGAUAAUAUGUGGAGUAAUAUUUAAGGAAAUAAAAUAAAAGUUCAUAAAGUUUUUUAUUAUUGCGAUGUUACCUUAGUAUGCGUCAAGAAAGCGUUGUUCUUGAAGAAUGGGACGGUGUCAGCGUGGCGGCGGGCAGCGGGAGCAGCCCCAGGUCGAGGUGGAGGCGAUCAGCGGGACAGCAACGGUCCAAGUUGGAGGCGGUCAGCGGGACAGCAAACGGUCCAAGGUGGAGGCGGUCAGCGGGACAGCGACGGUCCAAGUUGGAUGGCAAUCAGCGUGAGAGCAAUGGUGCAAGGUGGGGUCGAUCAGCGGAACAGCAACGGUCCAAGGUAGAGGCGAUCAGCGGGACAGCAACGGUCCAAGGUGGAGGCAGUCAACAGGACAGCGACGGUCCAAGGUGGAGGCGAUCAGCGGGACAGCAACGGUCCAAAGGUGGAGGCGGCCAGCCGGACAGCAACGGUCCAAGGUGGAGGCGAUCAGCGGGACAGCAACGGUCCAAGGUGGAGGCGGUCAGCGGGACAGCGACGGUCCAAGGUGGAGGCGAUCAGCGGGACAGCAACGGUCCAAGGUGGAAACGGUCAGCGGGACAGCAAUGGUCCAAGGUGGAGUCGAUCAGCGGGACAGCAACGGUCCAAGGUAGAGGCGGUCAGCGGGACAGCAACGGUCCAAGGUGGAGGCGAUCAGCGGGACAGCAACGGUCCAAGGUGGAGACGGUCAGCGGGACAGCAAUGGUCCAAGGUGGAGUCGAUCAGCGGGACAGCAACGGUCCAAGGUGGAGACGGUCAGCGGGACAGCAAUGGUCUAAGGUGGAGUCGAUCAGCGGGACAGCAACGGUCCAAGGUGGAGGCGGUCAGCGGGACAGCAACGGUCCAAGUAGAGGUAAUACGAUCACCGGAACAGCCGAUAACGAUUCGAUUCAAUUUCAACACCGCGAGCCUUGCUUCUGGGUAUGCAGACGAUUCUUUGAAUCGUCCCACCAGGGGUACCAAUUUAUGUGUAGGACGCUUCACCUGUGGUAAAAGGACCUGGUGAAUAUCUCCUGUCCUUCACACAAGAGGGGAACCAGCUUCUAUAGUGGUUGAUAUAAUUAGACUCUGAUAUUCUUUGUCGAGUCGAAGCAAGGUGUAAAUCGGUGUUGAAAUGAUUAAAAUACGUGUGAGAUAAUUAGUUUAUUUAACACAAACACUAAUAUUUACAAGUAUCGUACAAAAUAAUUAUUAUUGUUUUUACUACAACAAAAAAACAUACAUAAAUUUGCUAUGUGCAAUUGACAGUAAAGUGAACCGCGAUUUAAGAGUGAAACAUGUGAUUAGUAACAAGUGAGAGAAGAUUCGCGUGAAAAACCGUGUAAUGCGAUAGGAAAAUACGAGACGUGAAUACUUUCAGAGUUGAGCGAGAGACGCGACCGAUUAGCUCGGUAGUUGACGAAUAAGUGGUUGA